GUCCUGGGGGAGCAGGGACCUCCGAGAGCAGGGUCAGGAAGGCAGUGGGGGGAGGAGGCUGUGCCGAGAGGUGGGCAGCACCCCAGGUGGCGGGCAGCCGGGCCUCUGGGCCUUGGAGGGGUGGGAACCUGGGGCGGCAGGGCUGGGCGUGGAUCUCAGAUGGUGCCUGGGCCACCUGGCCAAGGUCAGCUGACAAUGGCAGUCAACUCCCAUGUCCCCAGGAAGCCCUCGGGUCGGCAAGAUUGUCAUGGCCGCUGCCUCCAAGCACCUGACGCCUGUCACGCUGGAGCUGGGGGGCAAGAACCCCUGCUACGUGGACAACGACUGCGACCCCCAGACCGUGGCCAACCGCAUGGCCUUCUUCCGCUACUUCAACGCUGGCCAGACCUGCGUGGCCCCCGACUAUGUCCUGUGCAGCCCCGAAACGCAGGAGCGGCUGCUGCCGGCCCUGCAGAAUGCCAUCACCCGUUUCUACGGCGAAGACCCCAAGAGCUCCCCCAACCUGGGCCGGAUCAUCAACGAGAAGCAUUUCCAGCGGCUCCGGGGCCUGCUGGACUGUGGCCGCGUGGCCAUCGGGGGCCAGAGCGACGAGAGCGAGCGCUACAUCGGCCCCCGUCCAUGCCGCUUAUUCCCUAGAACCCCCCGAGCCUGGAGCCCUGGGUCCCUGGUUCCCAUCCGAGGCCCCAGCCCUGGGCUGAGCCGCCCCUGUGCCCGGGCAGCCCCCACGGUGCUGGUGGACGUGCAGGACACGGAGCCGGUGAUGCAGGAGGAGAUCUUCGGGCCCAUCCUGCCCAUCAUGAACGUGAGGGGCCUGGACGAGGCCAUCGAUGUCAUCAGCCGUCAGGAGAAGCCCUUGGCCCUGUAUGCCUUCUCCAACAGCAGCCAGGUGGUCAAGCAGGUGCUGGCCCGGACCAGCAGCGGGGGCUUCUGUGGGAACGACGGCUUCAUGCACAUGACCCUCACCAGCCUGCCUUUAGGAGGAGUGGGUGCCAGCGGGAUGGGCAGCUACCACGGCAAGUUCUCCUUCGACACUUUCUCCCACCACCGCGCCUGCCUGCUGUGCCGCCCUGGGAUGGAGAAGAUUUACUCCAUCCGCUACCCGCCCUACACGCCGCGCAGGCUGCGGAUGCUGCUGAUGGCCCUGGAGCCCCGCAGCUGCACCCUACUCUGAGUCCAUCUCCAAGUGUCCCUUCCCGCUCACGUCUGAGUCCUCCACUGUCACCUGCGGCUGGUGGAGAUGUGGG